AUGACCAAGCCACCGUGCCACUCGCGCUGACGUGUGCGUGCAUUUUUCCUCACAUCUCUAUCUCUCUUUCUCUCAUCUCCUUUCAUUUUGUCGUAAAUUUCUUUUUUCACCAUCAAAGGUGCCGAAAGUUUUAUUAAGUUUAAUUGAUACACAUUUUUUACGCUGUUUUUGUGAGUGAACAAAAUAAACACAAUUUUUCAUCAAAGAUGACAAACACCGAGCAGAUCAUCGUCAAAAACACAAACUGGUGGAAAAGUCGCACGGCCUUGGAGCGAGGCUUGUUGGUCAUGUCGGUCUGCUGUCUACUGGUGACCGUCGGUCUGUUUGUCGGCAUCGAAGUCGUUGCCACGAAAUAUCGCAGCUGCGAUCGACAGCUGCUCGAACGUAAGUCUCGCGACGAUUUUCUCUUUUCAUCAACUUUUAUUUUUAGAAAAUCAUCGGUGAUUCUGGGCAACAUGGAUCCGGAUGUCGACCCGUGCGACAACUUUUACGAGUUCGCCUGCGGUGGUUUCAUGAAAAACACGAUUAUACCCGACGACCAAACGAGCGUCGACACUUUCAGUAUGAUAGACGACGAUCUGCAGAUGGAGGUCAGGGCCAGCAUCGAGGAGGGCAUCAAGGAGAACGAAAGCAGACCCGGCCGAUUGCGCGGAAAAGAGCUCUACUAUAGUUGUCUGAUAGAAACUCUAGUCGAGGAGCAAGGCCUACAGCCGCUGUUUAAAAUAAUCGACAGGCUUGGCGGCUGGCCGGUACUUUUGGAAGACUACGACGACGACGCGUACGAUUGGAAAACAUCGGUAUACCGGAACCGUAGGCUUGGCUUCUCAGUGGAUCACUUUAUCAGCUUCGACAUCGACAUAGAUCAGAAAAAUAGCUCCAGGCGAAUGAUCAGUUUGGAUCAAGCUUGGCUGUCGCUGCCACGCGAAUACCUUGCCAAAGGACCGCAGAACGAAGUUGUGAGUGCUUACUACCGUUACAUGGUCGACAUCGCCAUUUUACUCGGUGCAAACAGGGAUCGCGCAAUUGAGGAGCUCCGGGAGUCGCUGACUUUUGAAAUUACUCUUGCCAACAUUUCACUGCCGAGCGAAAAGCGUCGCAACGCCACAACCCUCAACAACCCAAUGACGGUAGCAGAGCUCACCGCAGCCUACCCCAGCAUCCCGUGGCUCGAAUACAUGAACGAGCUGCUGGAUCCCGUGCUCGAGAUCGACGACAACGAGGUGGUCAACGUCGACGAGCCCAGCUUCGUUUCAGCCCUGGAACAGUUGCUGCGCGUUACCCCCAAGCGCGUCCUGGCCAACUACGCCGUCUGGAGAGUCGUCCGGGACUCGGUGGAUUACCUCGACGAUGACAUCAGGAAGCGGCAGCUUGAGUACUGGAGCGAGAUCACCGGCGAGACCGAGCGCGAGCCUAGGUGGCAAGAGUGCGUGGGCGUAGUCUCGAGCACCAUGUCACUGAGCAUCGGCGCACUCUACGUAAGGAAGUACUUUGACGAGGAAGCCAAGAACAACGUCGUUGAGAUGGUUGCGGAUAUACGCAAGGAGUUCCGCAAGAUCAUCGAGAAGGUCGACUGGAUGGACGAGGAGACGCGAGCAGCUGCUCUUGACAAGAUAGACGCGAUGAACAGUUUCAUAGCUUACCCGGACGAGCUGCUGGACGACAAAAAACUCGAGCACUACUACAAGGCGCUGGACAUAUCACCUGGACAUUAUUUCGACAGUGUAUUGAACCUCACUCUGUUCUCUUACGCGCGGUCCAUUGAACAGCUCAGACUACCAGUGAACAAAAGCGAUUGGGUCAUGUACGGCGACGCGGCUGUUGUCAACGCGUACUACUCACCGAAUGACAAUAGCAUGCAGUUUCCAGCCGGUAUCCUCCAAGGCGAGUUCUUCAACAAAGACAGACCACAGUACAUGAACUACGGUGCGAUAGGUUUCGUGAUGGGCCAUGAGAUCACCCACGGCUUCGACGAUCAGGGCCGGCAGUACGAUAAAAAUGGCAAUCUCAUCGAGUGGUGGAAAGAGGAAACGAAAAAAAAGUUCCUCCAGAAGGCCCAAUGCAUUAUUAAUCAGUACGCAAACUAUACAGCCAGUGAAGUUGACCUUAGCAUUAAUGGAGUAAACACCCAGGGGGAAAACAUCGCGGAUAACGGUGGUAUAAAGGAAGCCUAUCUGGCCUACGACGAGUGGGUGCGACGCAAUGGUCCCGAGGCUCAACUUCCGGGUCUUGAGUACACGCCCCAGCAGAUGUUCUGGAUAAGUGCGGCAACUGUUUGGUGCACGAAGCAACGCAGUGAGGCGCUCAAACUCGACAUCAUUUCGGACGAGCACAGUCCCGGCGAGUUUCGGGUUCUCGGGUCCAUGUCCAACAUGCCCGAGUUCGCCAAGGAUUUCAAGUGUCCCCUGGGCUCAAGAAUGAAUCCCGAAAAGAAGUGCUCGAUUUGGUGAAAUUGAGGAGUUUAUGUUGUUGUUGUUGUUGUUGUUAUUGUUGACAGUUGGAGCAAUGUGUGUAUAUUUUUGUGUCAGAUGAAUGAUUUUGUUUCCCAUUAUUUGUUAUUGCUUUCGAAAUGGUUAUGUUUAUGUAGAGUAUUUUGUAGGUGUAUUCGUAUAUUUUUCUUUUUAAUUUUAUAAAUUAUUUUCUUGAGCAUUUGUGUAACCUAUUUAAUCUAAAGUGAUCUGACUUGCAAAAUAAAAUAGUUUGUGAGUACAUAAAAAAACAGGAUAAUAUACUUUUCAGGGUUUCGUUUUUGGAUUGCAUACUAUAAUAAAUGAAUUAACAGUAUUUUGAUGAUGAAAGUGAUUUUGAGAGUUAGAGUUAAGUUUGAAUGUGUCAUGUUAGCAGUAUCAAAUUUAUCAUGUCCUAAGCUAACUAUCGUGUUUGUAAAAAAUUUAAACUAGUUUUAAGUAACUUAUAAUUACAAUAAAAUAAAUAAUGUCGAUGAUAACGAU